AUGCAUCCUGUGGGCUUCUUGGGCCUGUUCCUGCCAUGCAUCAGAGCGGCGGUGGUGACGGUCAGGAUCCUGCUGGGCCUGGGGGCUUCUGCAUCGCUGGCGCUGGAUCAGCCAUCAAUUCUUCCAAACGUCCUCUCAUAUCAAUCCGUGUUUCCAGAGCGGGGAGGAGAGAAGCGAGGCAAGCUGCCCGUGGUGACUCUGCAGGUCUUAACGGCCACACUGGAGCAGCCGGACCUCAAGGAGACUGUGGACAAUGGGGUCCUGGAUGUGGCAGACACAGAGGACAUGGUUCAUGUGAGGCUGGGCUGGGGGUUCCACCCCCGCCACGUUCCCAUCGGCGGCUUCAGACCAUGGCCCUGA